GUUCAUCUUCUUCCCCUAGAUCUUUGUUCGCUGGGGGAUUCUAGGUUCGAUUCAUAAACCCAACAGGCGUUGUUGGGUUCAUCAAUCAAACCCAGCGACGCUUGCUAGGUUCAUCAAUCAAACCCAAGAACGCUUGCUGGGUUCUUCGAUCGAACCAAGGAGCACCUGCUGAGUCCUGUUGGAUUCAUCGAUCGAACCAAGGAACACUUGCUAGGUUCGAUUGAAGAAUUGUUGCUGGGUUUGAUUGAGAAGACCUUGAUUUUUCUGGGUUUUUUGGAAGGUUAAAAGGGCAUGUCUAUUUUGGGGAGAUUCUGGGUUUAUGUUUGAUAUUUGUGUUAUACAAGGAUUUGAUGUUAGAAAGUGUCUAGGUUUGCAAAAGGUGAAAGGAAAUGAAGAGGAAGAAGAAGUGGUUGUUGGGUUCGAUUUCAAACAAAGUGCACCUGUUGGGUUCAAUCAACCCAGUGACUACUGGGGUUCAAAAAAACCCAAUUGUGCUGGGUUCCUUUGAACCCAGCUUUCAAACCCAGAAAAAGAGAAAUUGGAAAGGUCUAGAUCUGGUGUUGGGGGAAGGAUAGAGAGAGAAAAAAAUGAAAGGAUGAAAUUGCA